GCGCAUGAAAAUAAAAAUUGCUGUUGGGGUAACCGCAAAUACCAGAACCGGAUUUUCUUAGUGAAAACUCUCCAAAAUAAAUUUCUGGUUAUAGAGAAAGCUAAAUCCUCUUCCAUUUCUCUCUGUAGAGAGAAGCAAACAUGGUCUCAACCUCUCUUGCAAUCCUUUCUUCCACAUCUUCAUUUCCUUCCAAUUCCACCACAGACCCGUCUUCCCCAGUCACUUUUCUUCCGGUUCUUAGCUCUCUCAAGCUUUCGCACUCAAAACUUGGAUUCUCAAAACCCCUCAAAUUCACUCCUUUGAAGGUCUCUGGUUCUUCCUCGAGUCCAUUAAUCGAAGAUGACUCUCCAUCCCAGUUUCUGCACAACAAUUCGAUAGCGGAUUUCAUGAGAUUCAAAAGAGGAAGCGAUAAGGGCAGUGGCGAGUUGCAGACUGCUGUUGUUACUUAUAGAAAGAAGUUCCCUUGGUCUCUACUGAGACCUUUUCUCCAGGUGGAUUUGGUUUCAACAAUCCAUAUCGCAGAUAAAGAGUAUUUUGCAACCCUACAGAAGGAACUUGAAACUUACGAUUGUGUCCUCUAUGAGAUGGUGGCUAGUAGGGAGAGUUUAGAGAACAGAAGAAGCCCUACUGCUAGAAAAAGGAUCAAAGGUUCACGCUCAAGAGGCUUUAACAUUUUGGGAUGCAUUCAGCGACAGAUGGCUUGGAUACUUAUGCUUGAUUUCCAAUUAGAUUGUCUCGAUUAUCAGGCUGAGAAUUGGUACCACGCAGAUCUUGAUUAUGAAACUUUCAAGUUACUUCAGCUUGAAAAAGGUGAAAGCUUCUUCUCAUUUGCAAGGGAUAUGACCUUAAAAUCAGCCAAAGCCAUGGUGCAGCAUGCUACCAUUCCCGAAGAUCUUGAUCCUUGGAGAUCCAGGCUGCUGUGGGCUUCCCGGGUGCUUCCAAUGCCACUUGUGGGUCUUUUGAUUAUUGGCAGUGUCUGUACAGAUGUGGGAAGCCAUGCAUCAGAAUAUCCGGAGUUUGAAGCCCUAUCAAGGCUUGACUUUGGCGCUGCCAUGAAAGUUUUCCUUGCAAAGCGAUUAACAUCCGAGUUCACACAGGUAACAGCAGAUGUAGAGGAGGGGUCUGUGAUCAUCGGCGAGAGAAACAGAGCAGCAGCAGAAGCACUUAGAAGAGCAAUUGAGGAUGGCCACAACAAGAUUGCCAUACUCUAUGGUGGCGGCCACAUGCCAGACCUUGGCCGGCGGCUAAGGGAAGAGUUUGACCUGCUCCCAUCUCAGGUUCAGUGGGUAACGGCUUGGUCCAUAAGAAACCGAUACUUGAAUAGCAGCUCCCUCCCAUUUCUGAAAAGAAUGGCUGAAAUCUCAGGUUGGCCAUUGAACCGCUAUCAGACUUUGGCUUUGCUCAUAUUUUCCUCUGUUCUUGCCUUGGACCUCUGGUUCUGGGAGCUCUUUUUUGGCACUGCAGUUAACUGGAUCUCUCAGGUUGCAUCUCAGGUUUUUCAGUAUGUUGAUAAAGCACAAGUUAUCUGAACAAAAUAUUCACUGACGGAAGAAAAAAAGAUUGUUCAUGCUGGUCUUUAUUAGUUUAAGGCCGAUCUGCAUCAUUGGUUACUGUACAUAUUGUAUAAACAUCUUUAAUGGCAAAACAAAGGCAGCUUAUUUGGAAAAUAAAAGCUUGUAUGCGUCACAGCUGAUGUUCACAUACGCUUAUACGAAAUACAGAACUAAGGGCCUACAGAUUGUUUGGA